GUAACCGCUGAGCAACUGAAACUGGAGGCGGUACAGCAAGGCCCCAAUGCACGGGCGUGGCUUCGUCGCAAAUUGAACACUUUCUCGGCCAAGGUAGCCAAGGAUUCAGUGGACGGCCGAAGCCCGCUGGCGGCGCUGGGUGCUGAAGUCGGUGUGGAAGACUGUCUGUCUAAGAAGGCGCUGAUCGAGCGCAUGAUCGCCGUCUUGCUGCCAGAAGAAUCAUUGGACAGCAGCGCCGCGGUGCAGCGGCAUGCUUGGCGAUUGCUUCGGUCCUGUCUUGGAAGACAAGCAGCAGGCGAGCAAAUCGAUGCCGAUUUCUUGAGCACAGAGGUAGUCGACGCAGAUCUUCGGCUGAAACUUCUUGCAUGGUGUUUGUGCAUUCCGAUGGACACUCUGGUGGGACGUCACUAUAGCUCUCAGCAGACAUUGCUGGAAUUGAUUCGUAGUCUUGGUUGCAUUAUGACACACUUCAAUUCCGUUUCGGACGUUUGGGCCACACUGGAUGUUGACUUGCAAAAACUUGAUGCUGAUGCUGCAUUGCAGCGCUUUCCCAACCUUGAACGCGAGCACGUCAUCGCUUUGCUGGCUUGCGUGUUGCACGAGAACCCAACAGUGCGGAUGGAACGGCAGUGGAAUGAACCAACAGGCUUCGAAGAUCAAGAGGACGUUUUAGAGGCCGUUCUACAAAUUCUGCAUGGCCGUAGGGCCACAGUGGAGACGGAUGGCAAGUCUCGGAAGCGCAAGGGUGCUUUGGAUGAUGCCGACAAGGCCUUUCUACGUGGUCUCAUGCGAAGGUAUGGCUUGGAACUGAUAGAUCAUCCGGAAAAGCCGUGUCUGUGGCAGGAAGUGUUCACCAAAGCAGAUUUUCUGCAGACACUGUGGUUCGUCAUACAGCGACUUCUGCAUCCACGUGCAUCUGGCGAGUUGACGGCUCUGCGUUGCCUCCAUCAACCUGAUCGCAUUGCUGCACUUAGAGCUUCCAGGAGUCGGGCCUUGCGAAGGAAUGGCGUCCAUGCCGAUGUGUUGUCCCUGCAUCAAGAGUUGCUGGAGUGGCAAAUGGACACGGGGACGAGUAGACUGCCGAAUGAAUCUGAAGACAGGCCUUUGUCUUCGAAGAUUGACAGCUACAAGGAGAAGGACAGAAGGAAUCGCAUCUCAAGCAUGAAGAAGGCUUAUCCUCCUGAUUUUGAACCUUUAGAGCAGUUGUCCUUGGACUGUCUUACUGGAGCAGGUGACUCAUCGACAGGUGUGCAGUGGCGUUCUGAGUUUGAAGAGCAACUUAUGCUUUCUGUACCUGGCUGGACAGAGGAUGCAAAGAAAAGUCGCACUUUUCAUACAUUGCAAGAAGUCCUCCAAUGCGGCGAUGUGUUUCUUCAACAAUGUUUUGCGACGCUGCAAUCUUAUGGAUUGUCUCUUCAGCGCAAAUUGAGCGUUCUUGCUGCCAAGUUGCAAUGCACUCCUAGCAUACCAGGUGUGGCGGAAGCUAUGUCCACUCGAUUACUCUCAACUCCACAGGACACAGAGGAGAUGGAGCUCAACAGAUAUGUUUGUCGGUUGUGCGACUUUCAAUGUGCAGACAAGGAAGUCUUGCAAGAGCACAUCAAGGACGCUCAUUCGAAUGACACUGAGGUUGCAAGAGCAUGGGUGGAAUAUCGCAAGAAA